UCCUGAGGGGAAGCCAGCCCUGCCACCAAGAGGUGACAGCGAAGGGAAAGGGGGAGCUGGCACAAAACCCCUCUGUCACCGAGUCCGCCACCAUGGCCCGGCCGUGGCUCCAUCUCUGCAUCUGCCUCCAGAUCCCAGGUUUUUAUACAACUCUGCUAUUAGCCCAAACUCCAGGGCAUAUUCUAACCCAAACCAGCAAUAAAACUGAAAUCCUCUGUGACCUGAAGAAGGAGCACGCCGGGGUCUACUGGUACCGCUGGAGCCAGGAGAGGCAACAAUUCCAGUUCUUGUUGUUCUCCAACGCAAUGGGCAGAGCCACCUAUGGCCCAGAGGUGAGGCAGGACAAGUUCAGUGUCCAUGAGGCGAGGUCCCAGAGCUCCUACAGCCUGCACAUCAGCCACCUGCAGCCCUCAGACAGCGGCAUCUACUACUGCUCCGUGUCCCAGUCCUCCCAGCUGCUCCUGGGCACUGGCACACAGCUCACUGUGGUUGAUGUUUUGCCUCCAAAGACCACGCAGACACCAGUGUCCAAAAAGCCUCUGCCACGCACAACCAAAAGGAAAGCUGCCAGCAGGGAAGGUCCCUGCAGUCCCCUGGUCUGGAUCCCUCUGGCUGCUGCUGUCCUGCUGCUGCUGCUGAGCCUGGUGCCCACCGCCUACCGCCUGCACCGUCUGCGGCGGAGGCUGCGGCUUCGCAUCCACAGGCAGUAA